AUGGGGGCACUUGUGGGCGGUACUUCAAAGAAAGAGCAACUGAAUCACAUGCCAACCUCGUCUGUCAGCUUCCUUGAAGAACUUCCCGACGUCGUCUUCUAUGCGGUGAUGGAGAAACUUCCUGGACGGAUCAUCGAAAAAACUGUUCGCCAACUCUCAAGGGGUUUUUAUAGAAGGGUCGAGCUGCACAGAGCAAGACUUCCUCGUGUUUAUAUCGAUAUACUUAAGGUUCAUCGGAACAGGUUUGGCUAUAGAAGGCAUGGCGAUAGAGCAAUGAAUGAUCUUCACUAUACGGAAGCUAACUUAAUUCAACAUUUGGAGUAUUUGAAAGAGCGUGUAACCUUCAAGACUAUUGUUUUGAACGAUGUUAAUUGGGACAUGUUUGCGAAUUGCAAGUUCGAAUGCGAAGAAUUCUUGUGCUGUGUGCGUAAAACGGCUCUUUCGCCGGAAAGAUUCAUGGAUAUUUUUCGCAGUAUAAGACCAACACGCAAGCUAGAUAUUUAUGCGACUGGGAACAACAAAAUUUUUCCUGUGACGAGUGACUUUUUCACCAAUAAUUAUGCGAUUGGAUUGCAAGAAGUUCGGUUGGAGGGUGACGGAAAUGCCAUGGUUUAUCCAUUAAAUGACACGAUCUUGGAUUCAACUCCUUCGAUUUUUUGCGGUGAUUUUCAAACAAGUUGCGGGUGCACUCUUAAUGGGAUUCAAACGAUGCUCCGAGACUGGUACACUUCACAGCGUCAAAUUAAUCGAUUUAUGCUUCGAGUAGAUGGUGGGGAAGCGCAACUUCAAAAUUUCUGGCACAACUUAGAUGGAUUGCUAGUUAAUAAAAGGCUCCUCUACAAGGGUUCCAUCUCUUCUCAGCUCGCCUUGGAAAGAGCAAAUGGAGACGUCCUUGAGCUUUAUGUUUACAUUGAUCAAAGGGAAGACUAUCUUAAUAUCUUCAUGAUUCGACUAGUGCCCGGCCCGGAAGCUGGCUUAUAUAGGGAGUUUGAGAUGAGUUUUUUCUCGAACACGCAAACUCCACCGAAGCCUCUUUUUGGUUCGACAGCUGCGACUAGUUCGACCACCAAUUUGUUUGGAUCAACCGCUCCGGCAGCAACUCAAAGUGUCGGUCUUUUUGGAAACACGGCAACUCCGGCUACUGCAACGGGUGGCACCUUAUUUGGAAAUGCGAGUACAACAAGCAAUCUCUUUUCAAAAACCGGUUUUGGUUCACCGGCAUCGACAAGUCUUUUUCCCACAAAUAAGCCGACUUUGAUGACAGGUGGUGGACUUUUUGGAGGCCCAACAGCGCAACAACAACCCACUGUCAUGCGGGACACUCUUCAAACGAUACUACAGAAUUCCGAUAUUCUUGUGCGAUCAAUCACAUCACCACAACUGUUUGGAGACGAGCGAGACAAUAUUGUUGCUCUUCUUAAUCAAGUAGCGGCUGCAUUGGGAACGGGUGAUGGUUAUCACACCGGUGAUCAACAGCCAAUAAAAUACACACAAGACGGCCAUCUGUAUCAUUUUGUCGCGGUGGCUUACAAUGCAGCUUCGGAAUAUGCUGACUCAGAUGGAAUGGUUGCACUUGUUCUUAGGACUCCAAGCACUGAAUUUGUUACUUCAGCUCAAAAGCAAAACCUGGAAGAUGCUUUCUUUCGCUUUCUUGGAAACAAAGCUGAAAUUAAACCGCACAUUGAAUCCAUCAAAGCUCUUCCCGAGAACUGUACGGAGGUAACUUUGUACGUGACUCAGAAAGGCAAAGGACGAAUAACAAGUCGAGAACUUUGUCAAUAUUUAAAUCAAAAUGAACAAAAAAUGCAACUGGAACAACAAUUGAAGGUUGAUACAACAAAAAUUGUGAGUCGUAUGCGAAUGAGUCUUCAACAAUUGAAUGAAUAUCUCAAAGACGUACCACCCGGUCUUGAUACUGUUAUCUGGGAGCAAUAUGCUCGUCACAAUCCCGAUCCGGAGCGAUUAAUCCCCGUGCCUGUAAGAGGAUUCACUGCACUCAAACAACGACAUGAAGCACAAAUUGCUGAAGUUAAUAUGCAGCAUAAACUUGUGGAUAUAAUGUCAAAUCGAACCAAAAACAACGAAGCUUUCCUUGCACAGGCUUGGGCACGACUAGAAGCAACAAAAGCUAAACAACAAGAGCUCUCAUUUCGACUUAUCAGAGUUUUGUGUGCUCGAGUUUCUGAUGCUCGUUUUUCGCAACCAAUUGAUGGAACUGAAGAAGCUGUAGGAAACGCACUUGAGACGUUAUUAGCAAGAUUGUCAGCUCCUGAGCAAAUAAAGGAGAAACUUUAUGCGUCGGUUGAGCAAAUUCGCGAAUUGCAAGAGAAACAGAAAGCGGCAAACAACCAGGUGCAACGAAGUGGGCAGAAGCUCUCCGAUGCGGAUCUUUUGGCUUUGAAGCGAUACCUGGCGAGAUGUCAAGAUGGUUUGGAAAAUCUUGUGAAAGUCGCCAAUAACAAUGUGCAAGAUCUCAACGUUUUGAUGAAGAAAAAUUUUUGCCGUGAAUACCUCCGCUGUUAUUUUCGAAUAUCAUUCUCGACACUUUUAUCGAGU